AAAUCUGUGUAACUUUUUCAAACUGAGGGUUCAAUGAGAAAUGAGCUCUGCUGUGAAAAGGUUCAACACUCAGCGUCUCUCUCCUCUUCCUGGAAUGAAUCUCAGCCUGAUAACCCUCCUCUUCUUCCUGCUCCCAAACACAGCAGCUCCACUCUGUCCACACAUUUCCUGGUUUCCUCCCCUUCAGAUCUGCACCUUGAACAUGGGUGGAACCAACAUGUGGUGACGUGGAAGAGCUGACAGGCCCCGUUCACUGCAGGAACACGUGAUUUGUAGAUCAGAGCUCACACUAGUUUCAGGAAGGAGGAAGUCAAACUCACACAGUCGCUGUUAGUGAGAGGAGAAAUGGCUGAGAAAGGAGUUCAGCUGGACCGAGAAACCUUCUCUUGUUCCGUCUGUCUGGAUCUACUGAAGGAUCCGGUGACUCUUUCCUGUGGACACAACUACUGCAUGAAGUGUAUUAAAGCCCACUGGGAUGGAGAGGAUGAGAAGAGAAUCUACAGCUGCCCUCAGUGUAGGCAGACCUUCACACCGAGGCCUGUCCUGAUGAAAAACACCAUGUUAGCAGUUUUAGUGGAGGAGCUGAAGAAGACUGGACUCCAAGCUGCUGCUGCUGAUCACUGCUAUGCUGGAGAUGAAGAUGUGUCCUGUGAUGUCUGCACUGGGAGGAAACUGAAAGCCUUCAAGUCCUGUUUAUUCUGUCUGGCCUCUUUCUGUGAGAAACACCUUCAGCCUCACUAUGAUGUGCCUCAGUUCCAGAAACACAAGCUGGUGGAGCCCUCCAAGAAGCUCCAGGAGAACAUCUGCUCUCUCCACGAUGAGGUGAAGAAGAUGUUCUGCCGCACUGAUCAGCAGUCUAUCUGUUAUCUCUGCUCUGUAGAGGAACAUAAAGGCCACGACACAGUCUCAGCUGCAGCAGAAAGGACGGAGAGGCAGAGAGAGCUGGAGGUGAGUCGACAAAACAUCCAGCAGAGAAUCCAGGACAGAGAGAAAGAUGUGAAGCUGCUCCAACAGCAGCUGGAGGCCAUCAAUGGCUCUGCUGAUAAAGCAGUGAAGGACAGUGAGGAGAUGUUCACCCACAUCAUCCAUCUGAUCCAGAAAACAAGCCGAGAUGUGGAGCAGCAGAUCAGAUCCCAGCAGGAGACUGAAGUGAGUGGAGUGAAAGAGCUGAAGGAGAAGCUGGAGCAGGAGAUGAGAGAGCUGAAGAGGAAAGACGCUGAGCUGAAGCAGCUCUCACACACAGAGGAUCACAACCAGUUUCUCCACAACUACCCCUCAGUGUCAGCACUCAGUGAGUCCACACACUCAUCCAGCAUGGACAUCCGUCCUCUGAGACACUUUGAGGAGGUGACAGCAGCUGUGUCAGAGCUCAGAGAUCAUCUACAGGACAUUGUGAGGGACACAUGGACAAAGAUCUCAGUGACAGGGACUCAAGUGGAUGUUUCACUGUCAGAUUCACAAGCAGAGCCAAAGACCAGAGCUGGAUUCUUGAAGUAUUCACGUCGAAUCACUCUGGAUCCAAACACAGCACACAGAAACCUGUUAUUAUCUGAAGGGAACAGAAAAGUAUCAAAUAUGGGUCAACAACAGUCUUAUUCUGAUCAUCCAGACAGAUUCACUCGAAAUCUUCAGGUCCUGAGUAGAGAGAGUCUGACUGGACGUUGUUACUGGGAGGUGGAGUGGAGAGGAAUAGUUUAUGUAUCAGUCGCGUACAAGAAUGUCAGCAGAACAGAAAGUGGGAUUGAACAUGUAUUUGGAUAUAAUGACAAAUCUUGGGCAUUAUAUUGUUCCCCAAACAGUUAUAAAUUUUGGUACAACAACAUCCAAACUCCCGUCUCAGGUCCUCGGUCCUCCAGAGUUGGAGUGUACCUGGAUCACAGUGCAGGUAUUCUGUCCUUCUACAGCGUCUCUGAAACCAUGACUCUCCUCCACAGAGUCCAGACCACAUUCACUGAGCAGAUACAUGCUGGACUUUGGGUUAGUAUUGAUACAAGUGCUGAGUUGUGUAAACUGAAGUAGACAGAGGUGACUGAAGGUGCAGUGAGUCUGAUUGUGUCUUUGAUUCUUUCACUCAUUUAGUCUCCAUCAUUGUUGCUCACAGCUCAUUGUUGUUUUAUUUCUACACUGCACAGAGAUCAACUGUCAACCAAACAGUGACUGUCAGCACUUGUUGAUCUUUUCAUUUCUUCUUCUGCUCAUCUUUGACUUUCUUCCAACUUUCUUUAUUAAAAAAUGACUUUACAUUUUGGUAGAUUUUUCCAGCCCAGAUGUAGUUUGUGCUCUCACUCAGUAAACAGAAUUCAGUUCUUGAGUCCUGACCCACAUCAGAGACAUGUACAGAAUUUGUAUUUCAUGGUUGAUUCUCUGUGGAAAUAUGAUUACGUUUUAGUCCAAUCCUCAUUUUAUUUUACUGAUGUGAUCAUUUUUAAUUUUUUUGGUUUGUGUUUUUCUCGACUGCUGACAAACUUGUGAUUCAGCUUCAUGUUAAUCUACAAAUCCAUGACAAUAAAUGCCACUAAAUGAACAGAACCGGGAUUCUAUCAUUUAGUCUUAUAUUAUUCAUUGAAAUGGUUUUUCAGACAUGAUGAAUUCAACAUUUGAUGAUCAAAAUACUGAACUGUGAGUCACUGGAAAAAAUGAAGAAGAAGGUUAUUUUUGAAAGCAGAGACUCAAAUGAGAGUAUUAUUUUGUGUCUUUUUAUUCUGCCACCAGAUUUCAUGUGUCGAUUUGUACUCCAACCAAAAUG